AUGGUCACAGAAGACUACAUCUCUGAUGAAGAUUCGAUGGAACAUAUGGAGGAAUCACAAACUCCUUUCAAUCCAAAUCCUGUUAUAGAGGUGUCUUUGGAAGAAUAUGAUGAAUGGUGCAGGCCGUGGAAGCAAGCACUCAUCGUUAAGCCUUUAGGGAAGAAUCUGAACUUACAGACUAUGGAACGGUGGAUAAAUAGGAGAUGGACAAAGAAGGAGGUAGUACGUGUGAUGGACCUGGUCGGAGGGUACUUCCUAGUAAGAUUCUCUAACCAAGAGGAUUAUUCACACGCUCUUUUUGAGGGUCCCUGGAUGAUCGCUGAUCAUUACCUCUUGGUUCAAAGGUGGCGGCCUUUAUUCAUACCCCAAGAGAGUGAGGUUAAAAGGGUUGCUGUCUUGAUCAGGAUUCCCAAUCUCCCAGCCGAAUUGUAUAAUAGAUAUUUCUUAUGGAAGGUUGAAAAAUCUAUUGGAAACAUGCUCAAAGUCGAUGAACAUACGUCUAUUCACUCAAGAGGAAAAUUUGCACGUAUCUGCGUGGAAGUUGACCUAAGGAAAAAGCUGGUGACAUCUUUCUCAACCUUAGGAAAAUAUUUUAGACUAGAAUAUGAAGGUCUUCAUCUCAUAUGUUUCAAUUGUGGUAGAUAUGGACAUAAACAUGAUGUAUGUCCGAAAAAGAUAAAGGAAGCAAAGGACAGACCACAAUCUCAAGCAGCUACCGAUGAACAGAACCACCGAAAGGGGGAAAACGCCACCGCGGCCCAAGGCCAGCCAACAACGGUGAAUACAAUAAAUUAUUUUAGGAAAGAUCUGAUUGCAAUAGAAAAUCCGGAGGUGAUGGAAGUAGCCAUUGGUACACUUAAGGAAAGUCACAAGCACCAAUCUGGGGAGACAGAAUCAGAUUUAACUGCUAUAAAUGAGGAAAGUCUAUACGGUCCCUGGAUGGUUGUCAAAAAGCCCCAGAAAAAAAUAGGCAAGAAUUAG